AUGCACAAUAAAGCCUUAUAUUGCGCUCAUGCUGCUUGCAUCGAGCUUGAAACAAUUCAGAGGGUUCUUGUUGAGAGUGCAACCAUCCUUAAAAUAACGUCUACAUAUCGGUCGUAUCGAAGGUGCAGUUAUGAGUCUGAGUCGAAGUGCAGCUCCGGAAGUCGUGCUGAGAGCGAGUUUGUGACGAAUUCUGUGGUCGCUGCAGGAGUGGCAGUGGCCUGUUGCACAUCAGAGAACAUUCGCUCCAUGCGUUCCAGGAUGACGUCGAGAGUUCCUUGCUGCUGCCUGUCAUGCGUGUCUAGAAUCAGUCCCAACGCGAUGGUAUCCGUAGGUAUGGUGGCUGUUCCGGGAUGA